AUGGAUCGCACUAAAUACCUCGUCGCUGUAAACGCGUGCCCUCCGGAUGGCGAUAACCAAUUGUCCCCACGGAUAAAUACUAAUUGUCGUGAUUUCGACUUCACCUUGUUGUUUCAAGACACAUUCUUUCAGACAAUACCGUCAGCUUUAUUUUUGCUCGUUGCACUGAUUCGAGUAUAUACUCUCCGCGGUGAAAGGGUCAAAGUCAAGUCAUGGUACUUAGCAAAACUGAAACUUGCACUGUAUAUGGCUCUGCUGAUCACAUUUGGCGGUUUCAUAAUUUCACGCUUACAAGCCGAUCAUCUCCGCACGUCCAUGUCAGCCAUUUCCGGAAUUUUUUCUUUAAUGGCCAUUAGCGCUAGUGCAGGGCUAUCUUAUCUGGAAGAUCAGCGCUCUAUAAGGCCAUCUGACGUAUUGGUGCCCUACUUCAGCUUGUCUGCCAUCUUUUGUGUUCUUACCCUUCGCUCACUGUGGCUGAUACCGUCGGCCGUGACGCCUCGGGUCCUAUGGACACUUAUCCUCACCAUCACAACAACAAUCGUCUACUGCGAAUCAUUCACUAAGUCCGACCUCACGCAGCCACCAGAACAUGGAGAGUCGACAGAGCAGGCUGCUGGCUUUUGGAGCCGGAGUUUCCUCACCUGGCUCAUUCCCUUCUUGCGACUCGGUUACUCAAAUACUAUUACACUGGCUAAAAUACCGAGAGUAGACAAAUAUUUGAGAGAGGCAUAUGUGAGGGUUCGUUUGAAUAGACGGUGGCAAAUGCUUGAUCAGGGCCAGAAAUGCCUGGUUCGGGAACUAUUCAUGUCGAACUUAGGUCUAUUCUUGUCCGCGAUCCCAGCUCGAAUAUGUCUUUCGGCAUUCAUUGUGAGCCAGCCUCUUUUGAUUGAGGCAUCAAUCGCGCACCUGAGCAACGUGGAUAAUGGCCAAAAGAACACAAUCCCCGCAUACGCCUUGGUGAUUGUUUAUAUUCUAGUGUACUUCGGCAUCACGGUGUCAAGGACAUUAUACUGGCGACAAACUUAUCGCCUUGUUGCUACGUUCCGAUCGGCUUUAGUUUCGCUCCUUUAUCACCAUACUACUGGUGUUAGGGUGAGUGAAACCAGAGAGACAGCGGCUGUCACCUUGAUGGGUACAGACGUGGAACAAAUCGUCGAAAGUGUCAAAAAUAUCCAUGAAAUUUGGGCUGCUAUCCCGGAAAUUGUUAUUGGAGUUUGGCUUAUAGCACGCCAAAUGUCGUGGGCUUUCAUAGCGCCAUUGGCCAUUUGUCUCGGCGCUGUUGUAACAAUCCUGAAGAUGUCAGCAGCAUUUAAGACUGCGCAGGGAUCGUGGAACGAAAAGGUGCAGGCCAGAGUGAGUACCACUGCAGAGGUAUUGAAAAAUAUCAAGGCGGUUCAAAUGCUGGGUUUAUCGAGGUGUGUCAAUGAUUUGAUCACGAAUCUGAGGAAAGUUGAGCUUCAAACUUCCAAGCAUUUUCGCAAACUCAUCGUCUGCCAAAUCUUCUUCGGAAAUGCCCCGAUAAUGAUUGCGCCAUUUGCGACCUUUGCCCUCUACGCAGUCAAGGGCUUCAUCACUAACGACAAAACCUUACUUUCAACUCAGGCAUUCGCAUGUCUGUCUUUGAUCACCAUUUUGACAGAUCCAUUGGUUGCAUUCUGUGAAUUUUGGCCGGGCUUAUUCCAAGCCUUAGCAUCCUUUGACCGCAUCGAGAAGUACUGUCUCAGGAUGAGACACCCCGGGUUGCCGAAUAACACUGUUUCUGCUAUAGAACCUACUGAAUUUCGACACAUCCCUUUGCAAAUACUGCCUUCGAAAACGACUCCUACCAACAUUUUGAUGACUUUUAAGCAGGCAAAUGUUGCUUGGUCUAUCGAUUCCGAAAAUGUACUAUGGAACUUGACUUUGGAUAUUCCCCGUGGGUUUACGGGCAUUACUGGCCCUGUUGCAUCGGGGAAAUCUACUCUUUUAUGGAGCAUGGUUGGCGAGACAUCCGUUAACACUGGCUACGUAUCCGGUAUACUUACUCGCUCUGCAUUCUGCGGCCAGCCGCCCUGGAUCAUGGAUGAAUCUAUUCGUCACAAUAUUACCAUGGGCCUCGAGUACGAUCAAGAAUGGUUUGAUUUCAGCAUCUUUUGUGUUUGUCUACAGGAUGACAUAGCAAAUUUACCUCGGGGCGAUCAAACAAUUGCUGGAACUAAUGGUGCUGCGCUUAGUGGAGGACAACAACAGCGACUGGCUUUGGCUCGUGCUAUUUACUCACGACUACCUGUAGUUGUUUUGGACGAUGUAUUAUCGGGUUUAGAUGCAAGUACUUCUACAAGAAUAUGGGCUCGUCUCUUCGGAAGAAAUGGUUACUUUCGCAAAGCGGACAUUUCUGUAAUUCUAGCAACCAGUGACCAAAAGCUCCUUCACACUAUGGAUACAAUCAUUUCCCUCGACGGCGGCCAUCUAGUUCAACAGACAGCGCCCUUGGAAGACCACCGACAUUUGAGCAAUAGUAUUCUUCAUACGAAGACAGACAUCCGAGAACUAGACGCCGGUGUCAUGGAUGCCAACGGAGCUUCGGACAUUGAGGAUGGGUCUUUCCAAACCGAGUCAGAAACAGAAGCUUUGAUUGCCGUCACAGACGACCCAUAUCAGGAUAACUGGCCUGUAUACGUCUACUAUGGACGCAGUGCUGGGAUCACUUCGUUGUGCGGUUGGGCUAUUUGCUCUUUGUGUGCUGCGACAUUCUCCAGCGUCUCGACAAUUUGGGUACAAAAGUGGACAGAGGCUCGUCAGAACUCGAACGGGAGCACCAUUUACUUCUUAGGGGUCUACGCCUUGUUGAUGGUACUUACCAAUUUGAGUAUGAUAGGCGAGAUGUGGCUCGCUUUUAUGAAAAUCAUUAACGAUACGGCUCUCACACUACACACCGACUUGCUAGACACAACCCUACGAGCACCCUACAAUUUUUUCCAAUCUGUUGAUAUGGGAGUUAUCACGAACAGAUUCAGUCAAGACAUGGAUUUGAUCGACAUGACUUUGCCGAGCCACGCUGUGGUUUUUACAACAGCCGCGUCCGCUUGCAUGGUUCAAUUAGUCAUCAUUUGCAUAGUUGGAAAGUAUCUCGUAAUCGCUGUCCCCUUCUUCCUGGUCGGCGCCUUUUUCCUGCAGCGGUUCUAUCUUCGUACAUCGCGACAGGUACGUCUCAUAGACAUCGAAGCAAAGGCCCCCCUCUACAACCACUUUCUAGAACUCAUAUCAGGCGCCCCUACUAUUCGGGCUUAUGGGCGGAUCGGAUUCUUCUGCAAAAAGCACUCUGACGCACUUGAUGCAUCGCAAGGUCCAUUUUAUAUCGUCCUCUGCAUUCAGCAAUGGCUUUCUAUGAUGCUUGAUCUAAUGGUAGGUUUCCUCACAGUCGUCGUUGUCACUAUAGCCAUUAUGUCACCAGGAACGAUGACUCCAGGCGAACUAGGCGCAGCACUCGUUUUGCUUCUCCAAUUCAACAACAUGGCAAUGCAGUCUAUAAGAGGAUGGACGUCUUUGGAGAUGUCUAUCAGUGCUGUAGCACGAGUCCAGGACUUUUUGAAAAGGACCCCAGUGGAGCCUACUGGCUGGAACAACCCGAGGCGCCCUUGGCCGACAUCAGGCGGAAUCUGCUGGAAAGGCGUUGUGGCUGGCUACUCAGAGCAUGCCGUACCUAUCCUUAAAAACAUAAACAUCGAUAUCGCACCCGGAGAGAAACUAGCGAUAUGCGGGCCCUCAGGCAGUGGCAAAACAUCCAUGAUCCUGACACUUCUUCGAAUGACGAAGCAACUCGGUGGUCUGAUUAUUGUUGAUGAUGUAGACAUCAGCACACUUUCUACAGCUGCUCUGCGCUCAUGUCUGAAUGUCCUACCUCAGCAUCCCUUUUUUAUCCCUGGCACUGUCGAGCUGAACUUGGACCCAGACGGACAAUUCUCUGAGAGCUCCAUCAUUGCAGCGUUAACGAAAGUAAAGUUGAUGAGCAAGGUCACAGCACUAGGUGGCUUAAAGGCUGGGUUAGACCCUGACAAGUGGUCACAAGGGCAGAAGCAACUGCUAUGCCUCGCUCGGGCGCUUCUGAAGCCUAGUAAAAUUGUCAUAUUAGACGAAGCUACAAGCAGUGUCGACGAUGAAACGGAGUCAACGAUGUUGGAUAUCAUUGAUGAGGAAUUUAAGGGUUGUACCGUGAUUUCAGUCGUGCAUCGGCUAGCCAGGAUCGAUUGGUAUGACCGCGUGGCUGUUCUCGACCAGGGUAGAAUCGUCGAGUGUGACGCGCCCUGGCUCCUAUUGGAGCAGGACUCUGCAUUGAGAGUUAUGUACCGUGAUUACCACACCAAAAAAGCCUCAGUGGGGUGA